CAUAACCGUUUCCGGGACAGGAUCCAUCUGGCCUGCCGCUUCAACCGUUUGGCGCCCUCCCAGUUCCUUUCCUUUCUUGCCUCUUUGCUUUCACCUCGUAAUCUCCAAACAAUCAUCCUCUCCUUGAACCCCCCAACGUUUUCUCCACCCCUUUGUUUUAAUUCCGCCAUUACUCUUGUUAAAGACCAAAUCAUGCGUUGAAGAAAUCACUUCAAGAAAUUUUGUGGGUUUUGAAGAAUAUCAGAUCUUUAAGCAUCACCUCUCUUGAUAUUCUUAUUCCGUUUUUAUGGCUAAGUUGGAUUUUGUUAUCCUCGAAAUCGAGAAUAUAUCCGAGGGAAUAAAGAGUAGAAGGCUAAGCAUUAUUGUGGGUGGAGAGAAAUGUUUCCUAUAUCCACAGCUUAGGUGAGAAGUACAGGGUUAGCUUGAAAAGAACAGACCAAUCUACUCGAGGAUGGCGACCAUGCAUUCAACUAUAGUGUUUAUUAUGGUGGAGAUGUUGGUGAUGAUGCUCGCGGUUCAUGCAGGGGAUACAAAUCCUGAAUUUGAUCCCUGCUCAGAUGCAAAAGUUCAAAGAUCGGACGGUUUUUCAUUUGGUCUUGCAUUUUCCUCAAAAGAUUCUUUCUUUUUCAAUCAAACACAGCUUUCACCCUGUGAUCAGCGUUUGUCACUUUCAGCUAAGAGUGCUCAGUUAGCCAUUUUUAGGCCUAAGGUUGAUGAGAUGUCUCUCCUCACCAUCAAUAGCAGCACUUUCGAUCCAAGAAAUUCCGGUGGUUAUAUGGUUGCAUUUGCCGGAAGACGCUAUGCAGCCCGUUCCAUCCCUGUUUUUGUUGCAGAUAGUGCUCAGACCGUCACCAGUUUUACCCUGGUUCUUGAAUUCCAGAAGGGCACUCUGCAAAAUCUAUUUUGGAAGAAGUACGGAUGCGACGCCUGCUCUGGGGAUUCUUUUGUUUGCAUGAACAAUACGGAUUGUGCAAUCCGGAAUUCCAAGUGCAAGGGCAACGGCGGAUCUCUUGACUGCAACAUAGGCAUCCAGUUGGCCUUUUCGGGCACAGACAAGAAUGACGAUGUUCUCAAUUCUUGGUACGAGGUGUCCAACCUUCGACAAUACUCUCUGUAUGCCCUCUACUCGGAUCUUCGCGAUUCUCUCACCAGCCCUUUUAAAAACCUUUUCUGAAGGCUCUUUGUGUAAUACUUGUAAAAUCAACACUCACACUUGUUUUUUAGCUCCUGAAACUGCGACCUAAAAUGUAGCACAGUAUUUUUAUGAUCGGUUCAGUUGCUAUUAUAUAGGCCAGAUUGCAAUAUGUUAUCACUUGGAGAAACUCAGUUUUGUUA